CUCUUUAACCAUCACUUUUUCUUUGUCCCCUCACCUUCAACAAUCAUCAAAGAAACACUUCCAUUGAACCUUAACCAAACCACCUCCUUUUUUUCUUUUAAUCCGUUUUCUCCAUCUUUCUCAGUGCAAAACUUUUUUCUUAUUUUCCCUCAUCUCACUCUCUCUUUUCCCCAGUCAACACUUUCCUACUGGUUUCAUCUGAUUCCUCAACCAGUUUACACCCAAAAGAGUACAGUGAACAAGAAAAAAAGAAAAAAGAAGAAAGGAAAAAAAGAAGAACCAUCUUUAUUCCCUCCUAUACAUAUACAUAUUCAUAUAUUUCCCUUUUGGAGGUUAAAUAUGGGGUUCUCUGAGAAGCCACAAGUGGAAGAGUCAGAUAGUACUAGAAAAUGGGUCAUUGCUGGAAUCCCUUCACGAGUUCCAUUGAAGCCAAUAUACACCACCAAAGAAGAAGAACAUGAUGAAGAAGAGUGCUCAUCAACGACACCAAAAGGGGAAGAAGCAAAGAUUCCAACCUCGUUGAAGUGUCCACCAGCUCCUAAGAAGAGAAAACCUUCUUUGAAGUGCAACUAUCGUGGUGGUGGUGGAUCAAGAGAGUUCUUCACUCCACCGGACUUAGAAACUGUGUUUAUACGCCAUGUUGAAAGGGCUUAGCUAGCUAAUUGAUCAAUUCAUAGAGGUGGGAAAAUGAAAAUAACCCUUCACCUAUUAAACCUUAGCUUGUUAUUAAUUAGAGCUAGCUAGAAUUAAUUUAGUUCUGUUAUGCAACUUUCUAUUUUAUAUUUUAUCAAGUUUUUAAGUCAUUUUAA